UGACGUGAUUCUUGCUGUCGUCGGGACCGGAAGCAGGAAGUGUGAGUUCUAACUGUGUGCUGCAGGAGGUCAGGAUAGGAGGCACGAUGGCGGCGAACUUGGCGAAGACCCGAGCAUGGGGCGGAAUACGGAGGUAUGGUCUUUCAAAAUACAGGAGUUACAGUAGUGGCGGCAGCAGUGCAUACCACAAUAUCCCUCUUACCAACCCCUUGCCAGGAGUGCCAAAACCGCUCUUUGCAAGUGUUGAUGGACAAGAAAAAUUUGAAACUAAGGUUACUACUCUGGAGAAUGGUUUGCGUGUGGCAUCACAAAAUAAAUUUGGACAGUUCUGUACAGUUGGAAUUCUGAUCAACUCUGGAGCAAGACAUGAAACAAAAUAUCUUAGUGGCAUUUCCCAUUUUUUGGAAAAACUGGCCUUUUCAUCUACUGCUCAGUUUGGCAGUAAGGAUGAAAUUCUUCUGACAUUGGAAAAACAUGGGGGUAUCUGUGACUGUCAGACAUCCAGAGAUACGACCAUGUAUGCUGUGUCCGCAGACACUAAAGGUUUAGAUACGGUGGUGAGUCUGCUUGCUGAAGUCGUUCUGCAGCCACGGUUAUCAGAGGAUGAGAUCGAGAUGACUCGUAUGGCCGUCCGGUUUGAACUUGAAGAUCUGAACAUGAGACCAGACCCAGAACCUCUGUUAACAGAGAUGAUCCAUGCGGCAGCAUAUAGUGGGAACACAGUUGGUCUGCCCCGGUUCUGCCCGGUUGAGAAUAUUGAUAAGAUCAACCAGAAAACAUUACACUCUUAUAUGCACAACUAUUAUACCGCGGAUCGGAUGGUAUUGGCAGGAGUGGGCAUAGAGCAUGAACAGUUGCUUCAGUGUGCAAAGAAGUAUCUGCUGGGUGUGGAACCUGUCUGGGCAUCAGGAAAACCAAGAACCAUAGACAAGUCUAUAGCUCAGUACACGGGAGGUAUUGUCAAGGUUGAAAAGGACAUGUCUGAUGUCAGCCUUGGCCCUACACCAAUUCCAGAGCUCACCCACAUCAUGAUCGGCCUUGAAAGCUGCUCUUUUUUGGAAGAUGACUUCAUUCCCUUUGCUGUACUAAACAUGAUGAUGGGAGGAGGUGGAUCCUUUUCUGCUGGGGGGCCCGGAAAGGGAAUGUUCACUAGGUUGUACCUUAAUGUGCUAAACAGACACCACUGGAUGUACAAUGCCACCUCUUACCACCACAGUUAUGAGGAUACCGGUCUCCUAUGUAUUCAUGCCAGCGCAGAUCCUCGUCAGGUCAGAGACAUGGUGGAAAUAAUUACAAGGGAGUUUACGCUAAUGGCUGGAGGUGUCGGAGAGGUGGAAUUAGAUCGGGCAAAGACCCAACUGAAAUCCAUGCUCAUGAUGAAUCUUGAAUCCAGACCCGUUAUAUUUGAGGAUGUAGGCAGACAAGUGUUAGCAACAGGCGCAAGAAAACUUCCUCACGAGCUGUGCAGUCUGAUUGAUAAUGUGAAAGCAAGUGACAUCAAGAGGGUGGCUACUAAAAUGCUGCGCAACAAACCUGCAGUUGCCGCUUUGGGAGACCUUUCAGAGUUACCAGAUUACGAACACAUCCAGGCUGCUCUGUCGAGUAAGGAUGGUCGCCUGCCACGUUCAUUCAGAUUGUUCCGAUAGAGUGAUGACCAGACCCCGCAAAUUUCUAAUAACUACACGUGCUGACAGCAGAGACAACGUGUGCUUGAGUUUUAUUCACUCACGUUACAAAGAGGAGUCUUCGAUCAUCAAUCCCAGAGAAGCUAGCUCUUAACCCUUUAAGGACACAGCUUUCAGUUUGCUCAAUUGUUUUAUGACGGAAAAAUUCCGUCAUAUGUCCUUAAGAGGUUAAAGCAGUGAAGUGCUUUGUUUGUUAGUGUUCCAUAAUGAUGGAAUAUGGCACUUAUAUAGUCAUUGAUACGAGUCGGUACCAGGAAUCCCGUAAAUCUAAAACAAUAAUAGUGGGGGGAAACAUUUGGCAUCUUAAACUACACCGUUACUAGUAUUCAAGUAAAGAUUGUAUGCAUUUCUUUCUUUUUUUAUUUUAUUUAAUAUAGACUAGUUAUUGUUAAUAAGAACUUUUACACAGACUAUCAAAAGGUAGAUCUGCACUUCAAAUCUUAUUUUCCCCCCUCUUCCCCCCCAAAAAAAGCCAAUUGCAUAAGUUGAUUGGUCGUUGAUAAAACUAGUUUUCAGGGCUUAAAUAUAGAAAUUGUGCCACACCAAGUAUAUGUUUAGUUAUUUAUUUUAUGUAUGUUGUAUGUUUUUCCAAGAGUUAAGUCGCUGUUCGUACAGCGAAGACUUGCGAAAAUAUUUUUUGCCACAUAUCAAGCUGCUCUCAUACGUUUUUACUGGUAUGCGCUAUAGUGUGUAUGAUGAAACUGCCUUGGGAUAUUACAAGGCUGAACAUAUUAGAACAUUCACUUAAUAUUUGGUAACCCAACAUUAUUGUAUCAGAAAUCUUCUGUUCCUAUACAUUUCUUAUUUUGUGGAUUAUGGUCUGUGUUUUGUAUAAAAUGAAUUAUCUUUUCUAAACAUAACAGGAGCAAAGAUAAAACAUUGCAUCUAUCUAGCACUUAUAAAAAAAAGUCCAUUUGUAUACGAAACUUUAUCUAAAAAACGACAACAUUAUAAUGUUAAGAUGCCAAUAAUCGGUCACAACCAUCUGGAGCAGUGAUGAUCAAUCAAUAUCAGGGACUGCAUAAAUACCUAGAAUGCCUAUGCUGUGUUUUUUUUUUUUUAAAUUAUAUUGUCCCUACACCUAAACAAGUGUGUAGAGUCGCUCUGCAUGUCUGUGGGGGGGGAUUACAAAAUGGCUACUCUGAUGGGUCUCUGUACAACUACAGGCUGUUUUCUCCUUCACUGCUAUCUUUGUUUCAGUAUCCCUUUAAGUGCCACCUUAUUUAACUACAAAACAAUGACAUCCUGAAGCUUAUACCACUGUAGGGGAUGUAUGGAUAUGGUUAUUGCUCGUUGCUGGGGAGGGACACAUUAUCUACAUUUAAAAAAAAAAACUCUUUUAAAAGGAAAAGCCUGUGUGUUACAUGGGGCUUUAAAGGGACAUUAAACACUUUGAGAUGGUAAUAUGAAAUAAUAAACUAUGCAAUAAACAUCUACAAUAUACUUGUAUUAUUUAUUUUGUCCCCUUUACCUUUAACCCCAUUCUGAAAUUGUUAGGUUUUCAGUUCCUGCAAAAAAUAAAAGUGCCUAACACUGUUAUAUUCCACACAGUCAUUGGCUGCACAUUCUAGUGACCUAUUUAUUACUUUCACCAAUUGGCCACAGCAAAGAAGGUAACUUAAGUUACAACAUGGCAGCUUCCAUUUUUCUUUAUAGACAAUAAAACUUCACUAUUAUCUUUUUCUUUGAAUGCUUCAUUCUAUCUAAUAUUUAUUUAGUGUUUAAUGUCCGUUUAAAGGAACACUUUUUUUUCUUCAUCUAAAAUCCCGCAUUUGAAAUGUAUUUUAGUUUCUGAAUAAACCAGUUUUAUCCUUACACGUGCAGAAGUGGGUCCCUGUCCCUCCAGAAAAGAACUGAUUACAAAACAAUUACUGCAGUAUUAGAUUCGGUUUGAACACUUUUUGUACCGGCAAAAAACAAAUUUGAAACAUUUUUCAAUGCAAUGUCCUUUAAAAGUUACAAUAGAGCUAAAUAAAAUCAGUGAUCAGUACCAAGGAAAACUGUAUAAUAAAGGAAAAUAUUGUAAAAUGCCAAAAUGGAACGUCUGCCUCUAUUCUAGGAUCUGGUUAUUGUAUUUAUCUACCUGCAUAGCAACAUCUAAGGUAGAAUGUUUGUUUUGUAAAAUAUUUUCUAGAAAUCUAGCUUAAUAAAAUUGUAUUUUUUUUUAUGACAA